AUGCCUUCCGAAAUAGGUGCACCCCAACAGCACCGGCAGUCCUCAAGAAAGGGCAAGAAAGCCUGGCGCAAAAAUGUCGACAUCACCGAAGUACAAACAGGCCUCGAGACUCUGCGGGAAGAAAUCCUUCAGGGUGGGCCGAUUGCAGAAAAGGCAUCAGAGGAGCUAUUUGCACUGGAUACCAAGGGCUCAGAAGAUAUAAAGAAAAAAUACAAACUACAAAAGCCUCUAAAGGUUGAUGAGAUCUUGUCAAGGCGUUCCGCGGUACCUGCGCUCGACAGUCGCAAGAGACCACACUCAGCGGUUGGAGACGGCGUCAUCACCUCAAGCAAGCGUCAGAAGCCGGACUGGGUGAGCAAAAAAGAGAUUCAGCGGCUGAGGAAUAAUCUUGAUAAGACUACCUUCUUGGAUAACCAGAAUAUUGAGGCUGAGAAUGCCGACUUCGACCCCUGGGCUGUGGAGUCUGUCCCUCUGUCAAGCAAGGACGAUUCCGAAGAAUACUUACCAAAGCCCAAGCCGAAGGUUGCGCCUGCAACCAUUCGAAGAGCGCCAAUUGCCAUGACGGCUAGCGGCAGACCUGUACGAGCAGUUCAACAACCGGAGGGAGGGGCAAGUUACAAUCCAGCCUUCGAAGAUUGGGACGAACUUCUGAAUAAGGAGGGCGAGCGAGAACUACAAGCCGAGAAGGCACGGCUCCUAGAGGCUCAGAUCGCCGCAGAAAAGGAACAGAGAAUACAGCAACUUGCCUCGGCUCCUGACCCCAACCCGGCAGAUGAGGAGAGUGCAUGGGAAGGAUUCGAGACGGAGAAUGACGAUCCAGAACUUCUCAACAAGAAGCGUCCUCAACGGAAGACCCCAGCACAGCGAAACAAGAUCAAAAGAAGGAAAGAAGCGGAGAGAUUAGCAAGGCACGAAAAGCGUAUGGGAGAUAAGCAGAAGCAAGCAGAGCAGAUCAUAAAUUCUUUGAUCCUGCAGCAAGAACGCGAGAACGACUUGGCCAGCAAAGGAGAACCAUCUGAACCCGUGGGAACUGAUGACCGGGCUUUGAGACGGAGGAAGUUGGGGACUGCCCCUAUUCUCCAAAAGCCACUUGAGGUCGUGUUACCCGACGAGCUUCAAGAUUCCUUGCGAAGACUGAAGCCCGAAGGCAAUCUUCUGAAUGAUCGCUUCAGAAAUCUCCUCGUCAACGGAAAGCUGGAGAGUCGCAAGCCGAUAUUGCAACCUAAGAAGGCAAAGAAAAAGAUCACCGAAAAGUGGUCGUACAAGGACUUUAGUGUAAAGGUGUGA